AUGGCGUCGCUAAAUGAUGAGCAACAACCACGGACAUCAACAUACGAGCGAUUGUUUUAUUCAUAUCAACGUUAUAAUGAACUUCGACGAAAGGACGAUGCUAUCAAAGAACGGUUUAACGACUUGCAAACAAAAUUACAAGAACUUGACGUUCUUCAUCAAUCGCCAAACGAAUUCUUUCGUACAACAACUCCAUCAUCACGUGAUAGUGGAGUACCAAUUCGAUCAUCAUCAUCGUGUUGCUCAGUAACAUCGGAAAUUUCAAGUACACAAAAAAGUUCACUUGAACUUCCAUUCGAUCAAUUAACAUCGCCAUCACCACAAACAAGUGUUUUACAUUUUUUUCUUUAUCCACCCAUUGAUUAUAAUCAACGUCACGUAAGUGUUCACUUAAACGACGAAACUACAGAAAUGUCGACUAUGCAUGAUACAAUGCCACGUUAUCAAUCACAUGGCCGCAAUGUUCAUUGGAAUGAUGAAAAAUCAUCGUCAGUUCUGCCACGUCGUUCAUCUAGCCAACAUAUAUUUCAACAAGAAAAUCCAAAUGAAUAUUGUAGUUCUGAUUCAAAUAUGAUUAAAAAACGUGGCCAACGAAUAUCAUUGAAUGCAAGUUUACCGUAUGAGUCGAAACUAAAUAUUCGCAUUCAUGCAGAUCGUAAACAUUCUGAUGAUAAAAAUGAUAAUAAUCUUAAUCAAGUUAAAGCAACAGCAACUGUUGAACCAUUGAAUAAUCUUCAACAUGAACAAGAACAUUCCGAUACGUUACGGCGACAUUAUCUUGAACACUAUUCAACAAUGUCACCAAAUGAAAGUUUAACAACAACAAGAGCAAGUUCACCUGUUCAACUACGUACAUCGCGACGUGAUAGAUUACCAAGACAUCGUCAAGUUUCAUUACCCAUUUCGUUACCAGUUGAUCAACGACUUUAUUUAUAUAUUCGAAAUGGUGAAGUUCUUGCUCGAUGUUAG